GUGGGUCAGUCUCUGCCCCCUCCUCCCUGCUCACAUUGAACCUCACAUGAUGUUAGUAACAUUUCUCCUAGCCUUAUAAAGGAGGUGCAGGAGCCCUCUCCAAGCCAGAGCUGUGGAGUCAGGAGAUCAGGGGUUCCCUUGUCCCCACCUCCUGGCUGAAGAGAAACAGAGAACUGGACAGAAAUCUGGAACAUCCACCAGCCUUUCCAAAUCUUCCAAGAAUGAGUCGCCCGGUGGACGGUCGCCAUGGCAACGCCGUACACGAUGAAGGGGUCUUCAUGUUCACUUCAGAAUCUGUGGGAGAGGGGCACCCUGAUAAAAUCUGUGACCAGAUCAGUGACGCUGUGCUUGAUGCCCAUCUUAAACAGGACCCUGAUGCUAAAGUUGCAUGUGAGACUGUCUGCAAGACCGGGAUGGUGCUGUUAUGUGGGGAGAUCACCUCUCGCGCCUUUGUUGAUUACCAGAAGGUGGUGAGAGACACAAUACAGUACAUUGGAUAUGACAAUUCCACUAAAGGCUUUGACUACAAGACCUGCAAUGUGCUGGUUGCCUUGGAGCAGCAGUCGCCUGACAUUGCACAGGGAGUCCACCUAGACAGACACGAAGAUGACAUUGGCGCCGGAGACCAGGGACUGAUGUUCGGAUACGCCACCGACGAGACCGAGGAGUGUAUGCCGCUGACUAUUAUACUCGCUCACCGGCUCAACGCCAAGAUAGCCGAGCUCCGGCGUGACAGCACUCUCCCAUGGCUCAGGCCUGACUCCAAGACCCAGGUGACAGUCCAGUACAGCCAGGAGAAUGGGGUGGUCGUCCCGACUCGUGUGCACACUAUUGUUAUCUCCGUGCAGCACGAUGAAGAUGUGACGGUGGACGAAAUGCGGUGUGCUUUGAAGGAGCAGGUGAUUAAUGUUGUGGUGCCCAACAAGUACCUGGAUGAUAACACUGUGUAUCACCUCCAGCCCAGCGGGAGGUUCGUCAUUGGAGGACCCCAGGGUGAUGCUGGAGUCACCGGGCGGAAAAUCAUUGUGGACACGUAUGGGGGAUGGGGAGCUCAUGGUGGCGGUGCCUUCUCAGGCAAGGACUACACGAAGGUUGACCGAUCGGCUGCCUAUGCUGCUCGCUGGGUGGCCAAAUCCCUCGUAAAGGCCGGACUCUGCAAACGUGUCUUGGUGCAGGUCGCCUAUGCCAUCGGGGUCGCUGAGCCACUCUCUAUCUCUGUUUUCUCGUACGGAACCUCACAACUGGGCGACAAAGCAUUGAUGGAAAUUGUGAAAAAUAACUUUGACCUACGACCUGGAAUGAUUGUCAGGGACCUCAACUUGAAGAAACCAAUUUACCAAAAAACAGCUUGCUACGGUCAUUUUGGCAGGAGUGAAUUCCCUUGGGAAGAGGUCAAGAAGCUGAAUUACUGAUGUAUCCCAGCCUGGUCCUGAAGCCACUGCUGCUGCUGUCCAUUGCGGUGAACUACAGAGGGGUAAUUUGUCCUAAAAUUCCAUGAUAGACUGGCUUCUGCCGGUCCAUGUCAGAUCCUUGCCUCCAGGAGGGACCAAAUCACAAUCAGUGGGAAGAAUUUAAUCGUCAGUAAUAAUGCCACGUUGGAGAAGAGUUUCCUGGGAGUUUACAUGGAGAGUUCUGUUAUUCUUUGCAUUGCUGUCGUUUACAGAACCGUAACAAGCUCCUCUUCCUGUCAUAGGGAUAGGCACCACCAAAAUUCCACAAAUCUGAACUGUAGCUUCAGCCCAGUACCUCCAAGCCUGGUGACGUGAGACAGAACCCAAUACUGAACCACAAAGUGACCAAAAUGACAGAUGCUAAUACUUACAUUCCCUGAGGGUGGAGUGUUGAGGUGCAAAGCUGCAUCCUACUGUCAAUGGCAUUUCAAUUCUGUUCUUGAUGACCCCAUCUCACAAAACAAGGGAACAUUCCUCUCUCCUCUGUGUUUGAGGGGUGAAAUCGGUGCACCCUGAAAUUUGUCCUUCAAGUUCCCUGGACAUCCUGUGCAGCAUGCAGUUAGUGCUAAAAUAAGGUUGGGAUCAAAUCUGGCCUCCCUGCCCCUAAAGAAACCAUAACCUGCCUUAAAGUAGAAAUCCGUGACUUACAAUUCAUGGCAACAUUUUGAAUUUGGAGCAAGGGUAUGACAUUUGCCCCCACAGCCAUUUGACAGGAUUGUGGCUGAAUAAUUGUGAGCUCAGCUUUUCUGGUUGUCCCUAAUACCCUGAAUCUGGCCAGCUCUACCUGAAAGAACACUCAGUGAUCUUACCUCCACUGUUCUCUAGGAAAGAAAAUUCCAAGGACCUCAUGGAUCUCUGGGAGAAAAAAAACCUCUUCUUCAUUUUAAGUUUAAAACUGAAGGCCCCAGAUUUCGAAGCUCUGCACCACCCACCUCUGCCCCCCCCCCCCCCCCCCCCCCCCCCCCCCCCCCCCCCCCCCCCCCCUCAAGUUCUAACCUCUCCCACAAGGGGAAACAUGCUUUCAGUAUCUUCCAGAGCAACCCCUCAGGUUCCAUUCUGCUUCGAUGAGACUAGCUCUCAUUCCUCUAACUCCUGUUUACCUACACAGCUUCUGACAACAUUCCUCACUUCAUGAUUUGCAGGACAUUAUUUCAAGUGAACCAGUCCAAGCCUCCGUCAAAGCAGAUAGACUGAGACAAGCUGUGUAACUGGAUGGAAUUCACAUUUCCCAAACUCAUCAUGAGUUACUCUGGCUUCUUUAGUUCUACAUUGUGUUUCCUUCUCAAGUUUAACUUGUAUCUGGUCACAUAGUCUAGCUCCGAGCCGGGCCAUUUUGAGAAUAUUCAGCUCAAGUGCACGGGUCCACUCCAGUUUUGGCGGCUGUUCCCUUGCAGUGUCAGUCCUGGAUCAUUUCCAACACUCUCACUGCUGAAUCACAGGGCUGCAGGGCUAGGGCUCACUCCAAAGACUGGAGCAUUGCAUCCACAUUGCCACCUCUGUUCAAUACUGAGGGAGAAGCCAUAUCCUUUCACCUUUGACACCAGGUCCUGUCUGCUCACUCAGGUGGACGCAAAAGAUCCUGUGGCAGAACUCAUAGAGGAAUGGAGUGCGCUUUGAUGUUCUAGCCAAUAUUUUUCCCUCAACUAACACAGUACUUUCAUCAUUAUCUCAUUGCUAUUUGUAAUUGAUUGCUGCAUUUCUUACACUACUCCUUUAAAAUUAAAAUGUGUUGGGACAUCCUGUGAAUAUAAAUAGCAGAACAGAAAAACAAUCUUUCUUUCUUAUCUUAAUCCACAAAAAAAAUGCAAUCAAUUGCUACAAUUCCAGUCUUCCUGUUGCUUUAUGACUCUCCCAUUCUUCUUAUUUUGUUCAUUAUUUAAUGUUAACUUAUAUUCUGGCUGAAUCUAAUGAGUCUUCCGAUGCCUCUAAUCUCCUACUAUUUUCCUUCUACCUCUUUCCACUUGCCUUUUUUAACAAAAGUGUUGGAUUUUGAUUUAUUUCUGAACUGAUAAUUGCAGUGCAAAGCGGAAAAGAUUGUCUCUGUUAUAUUGCAGCAGUGGCUAAAUCAAGUCUGUGAUUUAAUUCAAAUCUCCAAAGUCAUUUCAAAGCAUUUGGAAAUUAAGCGUUGGAUCAAUGUGCCUGGUAUCGAGAUGUGUGAAAUGCUUGGGGGAUUUGACUAUGGGGAGCUGUGCACCCCGCGGAAUCUUCCUAAUAAAUGGAUGGAAAACUGA